AGCGAUUAUCACUGGUAGAUUCAGCCGUGACAAUGAAGUCGUCCCUCUUGUUCCUGUUGGUGGUGGCGGUGGCGGCGGCGGAGCUGCUGCAGCCCAACACGCGCUACCACGAGACCGAGGGCAUCCCGAAGUUCCAGCUGAUGAAGCAGCUGGAGGAGGGAACCGACUUCGACGGCGGCAGGAUCUGGGGCGGGCAGGCCGUCAGCGGCGGUACCCAUCCUCACCUGGGAGGACUGUGGAUCACCCUGACCACUGGACAGAACUCGAUCUGCGGCAGUUCGCUGGUCAGCAACACGCGCUCGGUGACGGCGGCUCACUGCUGGCGCACCAGCACCUUGCAGGCGACCAUGUUCACCAUCGUGUGGAACUCUAACUCUAUAUUCUGGGGCGGCACGCGCAUAAACACCAACCAGGUCAUAGAGCACCCGAAUUACAACGUGUGGAACUUGAACAACGAUGUGGCCGUCAUCAUACACAACCACGUAAAUUUCAACAAUAAUAUCCAGCCAAUUGCCCUGGCCACUGGCUCGCAAACCUACGCGGGAACCUGGGCAGUCGCUGCUGGAUACGGCCAGACUGGCGAUGGUAAUUCACCGUCUGGCACUAAGUUCCAAGCCAAUCUGCUGGUGAUCACCAACUCAGCGUGCCAGGGAACCUGGAUGCCCGGCAUCGUCAUCGCGUCCACGCUGUGCGUGAGCACCGCGCACGGCAGCAGCACCUGCCCCGGCGACUCCGGCGGCCCGCUUGCCGUCGGCUCCGGCAACAACAGGCAACUGAUCGGUAUUACUUCUUUUGGAACUCAGUGGUGCGCUCAACACCACCCUGCUGGAUUCGCUCGAGUCACCUCGUUUGCAUCAUGGUUUAACAGCCAUAUGUAAAAAAACUACAACGUAUAAAUAAAGUAUAAGUCUUGUACCAAAUAAAUCUUUCACUAUCA